GCGUUUAUAUUGAGGAGCCCUCCGACGGACCGAGCUGGGUGCCUCUGCGACGGGCUGGGACUGGGCUGACUGACACACACACGCACACGCGCGCGCGCACACAGGAGGGAGUCCGCCAAAAAAGACCACUUCUUCAGCAGCAGCUUUUCCGCGGGACAUAAACCGAACAUGCCUUCGAAUAAAGACGAUGGCGGCUGGAAGAAGUUUGUGUGGGACUCGGAGAAGGGCGAGCUGCUGGGUCGCACCGGCAGCAGUUGGUUCAAAAUCUUAAUCUUCUACCUCGUCUUCUACGGCUGCCUGGCUGGCAUCUUCAUCGGCACCAUCCAGGCCCUGCUGCUCACCCUGAGCAACUACAAGCCCACCUGGCAGGACCGCGUCGCACCCCCUGGCCUUUCGCACACCCCACGGUCAGAGAAAUCUGAAGUGUCCUUCAGCCUCAAUGAGAUGGAGACCUACCUGCCUUACACCAAAGCCCUUAGGGACUUCCUGGUAAAGUACGAAGAUGACAACCAGAGGGACCAGAUGAAAUACGAGGACUGUGGAGAGGAGCCCACAGAAUACAAGAACCGGGGCGACCUGGAGAGCGACGUGGGCGUCAGGAAGGCCUGUCGCUUCUCCAGGAGCCUGCUGGGACCAUGCUCCGGCAUCGAGGACCGCGAGUUCGGCUUCAAGGAGGGCAAGCCCUGCCUCAUCGUGAAGCUCAACAGGAUUGUCAACUUCCGUCCCAGGCCUCCCAACUCAAAUGAAAGUAUCCCUGAAGAGGCUCAACCCAAAGUGCAGCCCAAUGUGAUCCCCAUCUACUGCACCAACAAGAGAGAGGAGGACGCUGGGAAAAUCGGAGAGAUUAAGUACUAUGGUAUCGGUGGCGGCUUCCCCCUGCAGUACUACCCCUACUACGGCAAGCUGCUGCACCCUCAGUACCUGCAGCCGCUGGUGGCGCUGCAGUUCACCAACCUGACCCUGAACAGUGAAAUGCGCAUCGAGUGCAAAGUGUACGGAGACAACAUUGACUACAGCGUCAAGGACCGCUACCAGGGACGCUUUGACAUCAAGAUCCAGAUCAACAGUUUAUGACUGCCAUCAGAACCGUAGUACUUUGUCAGACCGCCACCAUGCCCCCCUUUAUGCUUAGCGAAAAACCAAUCUGAUGUAGGAGAUGAUAAGUGAAUGGGGGGGAGGGUCUAAGCGGCUAUGUCGAUCACAACUAGUCUUGAAAUUAUUAAUGAAAGGAAGAAAAAAAAAACUGAUAGAGGACAGACGUGUAAUCCGCCUGCUUUUCAUCACUAGCUUCUCCACUUCUGUCUAGCAUUUAGAACGUAAUUUAGAGGAAGAGUAGCGAUAGGCCUAAUAAAUAGUAUUUAUUCUGCUGUAAAUGAGACUUUUCCACAAGCCAUGGGACAUUGUUCAUCGAUGAGUGUAAAGUGCGUAGUGAGCUGUAUCCGUCUGCGUACCGCCGCCCGUAGAUGUUUCUGGAGUGUGCAGUCGUCCAACUCCUUCAAACCAUCACUCUUCUUCUGUGAGCAAGCUUUAGCAGUUAUAGGUGUGUGUGUGUGUGUGCACGCGCACAUGUGUGUGUCUGUGUGUGUGUCAGACAAGAACACACACUCCCACUUACUUAAUGAUUGAAAUGGUUUGACAUGGUACACUCUUCUGAUCUCUUUAAGGAAAACGCUGCACUCCAGGGAAUUUCUUUCCUCUUUUUAUUUGCUGUACACUUGAUCAAGGGAGACUCUUUUUACUUUGCCUUUUUUUCCUCCUCUUUGUUUUGCUUUUUUAAAUCACUUAAAUGUGUGAAGGGGUUUUACGACUUGGUUUCAUGCCUUAUUACUUUUGAUUUUUGCCUUGAAUGUAGACUUGUGUGUCCCGCCUUUAGCCUGCUGUAAGGGCAGUGGUGCUAAAGUUUUUAAGAUUAUUUUAUUUGUUGUUGCUGGAUUCAUCACAGCAUUGUGGUCUACAUACCCAAGUGUGGUGGGAGGAUUUUAUAUUUAUGCAGUUGUACAUUUUGUUUCUUUGCAGAAUGCUGUAAUGUAUAAAUGCAAUACCAAAGUGACCCGUCGAAGGAAGUCUUCACCAGAAGCAACGCAGUACUUGUCUUUAGGAUCUCCUCAUGUAAAGUGCUAAAGCCGGCGUCUCGUCUUGCAAACCUCCACACAGCGAAUUUGUCUCUCAGCCAUCAAUAUAGUUUUGUGUAGAGAGAGCAGGUGACGGGCAGUUAGAUUCCACACUGACCUGAUCGUCGUGCAUUUUAAAAUAAGACAGAGCACACAGCUUUAGAAGACUCUGUUCAUCCACCUUGUCAUUCAAAGUUAGAAACAAAUAAAACCCUAAUGGAC